GCUUCCCUUCUCCUUCCUGCUUCGGGGCUAGGACGGUCGAGUUCCUUACCCCAGAGCAUGGCUUGAGGGGUGCCACUAGACCCUGAGAGGAAAGUUCCUUAGCUUUAACCAGAAAUCUGAGAUUGAGACAGGGAGACUUUAGCCUGUCUUCUGAGUUUGUGGUCCCCUAACAGGGACGCCUCAGGUAGCCGGAUGUCCUGGCCUGCUCUUCUCCGUGGUCUCCACACGUCCCUAAGUCAUGGCCUGGCCCUGGUCCCCCAGUUCUGGGCAACACGCUUCAUGGCUACCCUGAACCAGAUGCACCGUCUGGGCCCCCGGAAGAAGCCACCUCAGCGACCUGGCCUCACAGAGGGACGGCCACAGCUGAAAGGGGUGGUUCUGCGCACGUUCACCCGCAAGCCCAAGAAACCCAACUCAGCCAACCGCAAGUGCUGUCGAGUUCGCCUCAGCACUGGCCGGGAGGCUGUCUGCUUCAUCCCUGGGGAGGGCCACACCCUGCAGGAGCACCAAGUGGUCCUGGUGGAAGGUGGCCGCACCCAGGACCUGCCUGGUGUCAAGCUCAAAGUAGUGCGGGGCAAGUAUGACUGUGGGCACGUGCAGAAGAAGAAGUAAUGCGGGCAACGUGGUGGGUUGAGUGACCAAUCUUAGUUGUGGUUCAAAUCCUGUUUUGAUUCAGUAUCAGGACUGGCGUUAGCCUGCUGAGAUUCUGGGGGUGAAUUGGAAGAGAAGCUCCCACUUCGCGGUGGGCAUGGACAAUCUCUUUUGCUGGGACCCAGGCCACUGUCCUGCCAGCAGCCAAUCCUGGGACCUAAUAAACAUGUCUCUGGAGCUGUCAA